AUGACGGGCAAUUCUUUGGAAUUGACCAACGCACCGUCCGCCGUCCAAUGUCUGACGAUGUGUUCUGGGUAUGAGCACACGUACAGCAAAUCUUGUGACGCGGCUCGGUACAACGAAGUUACUUACAGUUGUGAACUGAUGUCACGCGACAGCACGGGAGCGGUGCAAUGGCAGGUCGACAACCAAUGGAAGGUCUUCGUAAGCAAGUGUCAAAUGGAUUGGACCAUGUUCGACGUUUCCUGUUAUCAACUGUUUCCUAUCACCAAAAGCUGGGACGCUGCAAGGAAUGCAUGCAAGCAGGUUAACGCAACGCUUGCUUCGAUAACGAGUAAGGACGAAGAGGACUUCAUCAACACACAGAUUAAGGGAAUAAGUGGUAAAAUCUAUAUCGGAGCUAACGAUCGGGAUGGGGAAGGACACUGGAAAUGGGAGUCAGGUGAGGUCUGGGCGUAUGAGCAUUUUGCUGAGAGACAGCCGGAUGGAGGCACGUCUGAAAAUGUCAUUGGAAUUAAAUAUAACGACGGGUGGCAUGACGUUGAUGGGAUGAUUACCUAUCUGUUUUAUCUAUGUGAAAAGGCGAUAUGGUUUUGA